AUGACUCAUCAGGUGAUCUCUACAUUACCACUCGUCGGUGUUGAAAAGUUUUUUUGUUUACAUGGUGGUUGGUUAACUAUCGCACAUGCUGCUCAUUUGAGUGGAAAUUAUUCGAUAUUAAUUAGCAAUGCUUCAAAUGCUCUCCAAUGUCUUUUGAAACGUCAUUCUCGCAUGCGCACACGUCUUCGAGUAGAUGAUAAUCGAUAUUCUCUUGACAAUCUUCAAUACAGCUGUGAACAUUUAUCAAGCGAUUUGUUUUUCUCAGCUAUUGAAAUAAGCAAUGAGUCGUGGCAAGAUAUCGUUGAACGCCGAUGUAAUCAAGAUCCAUAUUCAAAUAACGGAACGAUUAUUUUUCCAUUAUUUCAUUUUAUGCUUUUAUUCAAUUCGGAACAGUCUGACGAUCAACUAUUUCACUUAAUUCUCUUUCAAAAUCAUUGUGUCUCGGAUGGUCAAAGUGGAUUUAUUCUUAUUCAUGAGUUUUUGACUUUGGCAACCACUUCGAAUGCUCUCGAAAUAUCAGAGCCACUCAAUACAGAAAUACUUCCAUUACUUGGCCAACUGAUUCCUCGUCCAUAUGGUUUACUUUAUCAUAUCAUAGCAUUCAUAGGCAGAUACAUUUUCAUACGAGAAUUACGCCAACUAACUCAUCCACGUAUUCCUGUCAAAAGCAUUCCGCUAAGCGACUGUCAACCAACAAGAUUUAGAGUGCAGCGGUACAAAAUAAGGUUUUUAUUUGCUUCGAGUUCUUCGAAUCUCUAUUCUAAACUACAUCCACAAUGUCGUCUACAUAGAGUGACAUUAAAUGGUCCGCUCAUGGGAUGCCUCCUAUUGGCCAUUCAUCAUUGUUUUCCAUUAAACGAUAACACUCUACUGAAGCCAUUGGGAAUUGGUGUUCUGUUUAACAUGCGUUCGCGUCUUCCUCAAUCACCUCUCACACCUUCUUCAGUCGGCUACUUCGCAGGCACGGGUGAAGUUAAGCUCAAACGAUCGCUUUCCAUUCGAUCUACUCAAUUUUGGACACUGGCACACUACUGCAUGACUAAUACUCAACAUCAACUGAAGCGAGAUGGUGUCCCAUUAACAAUGAAUAUUUUUGCUGAUAUAUUGAGAAAUGAACAAGAAUUCGACGAAACUCGUCAACUCUUUCCAGAAGGACGAUUUUCAGAACUUGGCUUUUCAAAUAUUGGUAAAUAUCCGUUUUCCUGCAAAUAUAAUGAAGGUGAAGUACAACUACAAGGUAUUCAUGUCGUCAACAAUAUGAGUGUCUAUCGUACUUCAACCGAUAUCUUUGUCACUUGUACAGAUAACAAACAGUUAGACUUUUCCAUGGCGCAUGAAAUGGAGAGUGAUGAAAUGGCACAAGGUUUUCUUGACUAUUACUUGCGUCUUAUUGAACUAUGUGCUGAUAGUGAACGUUGUAAAAGUGAAACAACUCUAGAUGAACUAUUAAAAAUGAUGGAAUGA